AUGAAUUCGCUAAUACUUGUUCAAGAAGAUCGUUUUGAAAACUUAAUGAAGGCUGAUAAAAAUUACAAAAAGACACCUAAAGAGAGAUUAACUAAGGGUUAUACUGAAUCUAGAUUAGAGUCCUUAGAAACAUUGUGGAGCGAAUUUAAGUUGGAUCAUCGACAGAUAGUGGCGCAGGCUACUAAAGACACAAGAAAAGAUUUAGCAUAUUUUACAGAAGAUUUAUAUGAGCAAUUUGAAGAACUUUACACUACCUACAAAUCAACGUUAAAAAAUAAACUCGAGCAAUUUAAGCCUACAAAACACACUGAAACUGUUUCAAUAUCUAACUCUGGAUCAUGUUCAGCGCGUGAUGAAGUACAUUUACCUUUGAUCAAACUACCCUCAUUUAGUGGAAAAUAUAAUGAAUGGCAAUCUUUUCAUGAUUUAUUUGAUAGUUUAAUUCACAACAACAGCAAGUUAAAGAGUGUUCAAAAACUUCAUUACUUGAAGAGUUGCUUAAGUGGAGAACCUGAAGUUUUAUUGCGCGACUUAACUAUUACUGAUGCAAACUAUGAGGAGGCGUGGUUGCUAUUAAAAAGGCGAUACGACAACAAGAGAUUCAAUUGCAACGCUGUUCUUAAAUCAUUAUUUUCCAUUAAACAAACGAGUCAUGAGUCGGCUAGUGCACUUAAACUUAUUCUUGAUACAACAUUGAGCUGUCUGAAACAAUUGAAGAACUUGGGUAUUGAUGUCACAUCUUGGGAUUCAAUUUUGAUAUACUUAGUGGUUUCUAAAUUAGAUAUUGAAUCUCAUAAGCAGUGGGAAAUCCAAAUGAGCCAUUUAGCACCUGAUGGAAUGCCCACGUGGAGUCAACUUGCUGAGUUUUUAGAAGCUAGAUUCCGAGCGCUAGAAAUGAUUGAUACUGAUAAGGCCAAACAUCCAGUUCAGAGUAACCACGCAUCAAAACCCAAAUCAUUUCAUACCACACUUGAUAAUCAGAAUAAGAAAGAGCCAGUUUGUGCACUAUGCGAAGAAAAUCAUCACCUUUACGCUUGUAAGAAAUUUGGUGUGCAACAACCAAAGGAAAGACAAGACUUCGUACAAGCCAAGGGACUUUGUUUUAACUGCUUGGCUCCAUUUCAUUCAGUGAAAAAUUGUAGGCUGGCAAAAUCUUGUCAAAAAUGCGGGCGAAAACACCACACAUUAUUGCACUUCAACAAAGAGGCCAGAGACCAAGAAGGUUUUCUGAGUACUACUGAGAACUUACACCUUGACACUAACAAUUCUGAGAAACAUGCGCAAUCAUCAACUUCGUUGGGAACUGAGACGAGAAUCAUAUCUAACUUUGCGAAAGAGAAACUACAACCUAACGAAGUCCUACUGGCCACCGCGCUUGUUAAAACUAGAGCAAAGAACGGCUGUGAGCACCACAUUAGAGCUCUUUUAGAUCAGGGCUCACAGGCGUCAUUCAUCACGGAAGCUACAAUUCAACUGCUUGGACUUAAGCGCUCACCGGUCAAUGCGUGGGUGUCAGGUCUAGGGCCUGGUGGAACGAGAGUUAAGUACAUGGUUUCUCUCCAUGUCGAAUCACGCCAGAACCCAGAAAAAUCAAUCCAAGUAGAUGCAUAUGUGCUGAGAUCAUUUUCGUGGGUACUUCCGUCGAGUAAUCUUACAUCACCUGACUGUCUAGAAUUUGGAGAUUUAGUUCUAGCUGAUCCAGGCUACGCAACUUCAAGUAAAAUUGAUCUUUUGCUUGGAGCUGAAGUGUACAGUAAAAUAUUAACUGAGGGCAUGAUCAAACAUCCAAAAGGUAACUUAAUUGCACAAAAUACCAUUUUUGGAUGGAAAAUAUCAGGAGAAGUGUCGAAUGAUACAAAUGCACACAGUAAAAGAGUAGUUAGCAUGCACCUCAAAAUAAGAGUAGAAAACAAACGUAAACAAUUUCCGAAGAUUGGGACAGAACUUAAUAAUAAUUAUCACAAGAAUCUAAUUAGAGAAGAAAUUAAAUCAGGAAACUUAUCAACGGCUAUGAGUGCUAACGAUGGGCGGUACGUUGUACUGCCGUUAGAGAAAGAAACACCUGAUUGUGAAGAAAAACAGUUCAAGGCUUUAAAGAGAUCUCAUUCUAUAGAAAUUAAACUAAAGAAAAAUUCUAAUUACUAUGAAGAAGAUCCGAAAAUUCAGGAAGAAGAUAUCACUUUAAAUUCAAAUAUAGAACUCAUAGAAAAUAAUAAAGAGACAAAAGAUUCUGCAGCAGAUAUUGUCCAUCAACACGCUGAAAUAAGGGAAGACAAAAUGUACGAUCAAGGGAAAGUACAUGAAAAAGAUACAAAAUAUCAGCGUUUACUUUGGAAACAUAAUUCUUUUCAGCCAGUUCAGCACUACAAAUUACUAACUUCAAAAUUUGCAACAGUUUGUGAACCUUAUCUAGAUAAAAGGUAUUCGGAACAAAUAACUAAAGAUGAAGAACAUAAUUUUGCAAUCGCUGUAGAAAAGGGUUUGGAAAUUAAAUUUAACGUUGACAACCUUGUGGCUACUCAUGGAUCUAGAGAAGAAGCUGUAGAAGGAGUUAUUUACAUAGAAAUGAAUAAGCUAUUAAGAGUAUUAGAAAAUCACUUCCAAAAGUUACAUGCAGUAAAUUUAGAAUGGGAUGAUACAAUAAUAAUGAAAGAGCAAGUUAGAAUGAAGAAUUUUAAGAUUCAGAGAAAAAUUCAACUGAUAGAUAGUUUUAGCCGAGAACUGCAUGCUUCAAAUGAUACAUCUAAAUCAGCUCAUACCACUGGAGAUCAAAUUCACAUGAGACCGAUUACCGCCAACAUAAAGGUUACAUCAAUACAAAAGAAAGUAACUACUGUAAGAUUAAAACUUUGUGAUAGAUUUCUAAUUGCAAAAUUAAUAUACGAGUUGGUCCGAAUUUUAAACAUAUUGAAAGGUUAUGAUCUUCACGCUUGGAGUGACUUGGCUGUGAUAUUAACAUGGCUGAAAAGUUUGCCAAAUUAUUACACGAAUUUCAUAAACAGCCGAGUCAUCGACACAAUUGAAUACAAACAACGGACGAAAGUUCGUAUAAUUUAUCCUAACAAACCAGACUUCUCCACACACAGAGCAGAGAAAACAUCCAAGACUUUAACUGAAGCUGAAACGAGAAAAGAAACUUAUUUAUUUAUAUUAUUAUAG